AUGACUAAGCUGAUAACUGCUGUAUCGAUCUGUUUAAUAACUCUUUCCGUAACCAAUGGGUUUUAUUUACCAGGUGUUGCACCAACAACUUAUCAUGAACUUGAUAGCAUACCAUUAUUGGUAAAUCAUUUGACACCUUCAAUGUUUUUCAAACACAAGGAUUCUGAUGGUAAUGAACUUUCAAGUGAUAAAGAAAACUUUCUGUAUUCUUAUGAUUAUUAUUAUUCCAAGUUGCAUUUUUGCAAACCAUUGGAUAGAGAAAUUAAAAAGCAACCUGAAUCAUUAGGUUCUAUUUUAUUUGGUGAUAGAAUUUAUAACUCGCCAUUUGAACUUAAAAUGUUAGUCGAUGAAAACUGUAAAGAAUUAUGUAGCACAAAUAUUCCAGGUGAUGAUGCGAAAUUCAUUAAUGAUUUAAUUAAAAGUGGAUUCUUACAAAACUGGUUGAUUGAUGGAUUACCAGCAGCAAGACAGCUGUAUGAUCAAACAACAAAAUCGUCUUUUUACGGCUCAGGUUUUGAAUUAGGAUCUGUCGAGAUGAUCCAAGUUGUAGAUGAGGCUCCGUCCCAUACUACUCCAAAACAACCUAUUGUAGAGGAUGUUCUAUCCCAGGAACUUGAUGAAGAACAAGCUACUGAAAAGCGCGCUAAUCAAAUGUUGGUCUCGUCUGUGGAACGUACUUAUUUCGCUAAUCAUUUUGAUAUUCAUAUUGAAUAUCAUGAUCGUGGUAAUAAUGAAUAUCGUAUUGUUGGUGUCACAGUUAACCCAAUUUCUAUGAAGCGUGAUUCUGCAAUUUGUGAUACAAAUCUAGGAAAAUUAGCUUUGUCAGAAGUUUCAGAUACAGAUGUCAUAUUUACAUAUUCCGUCACUUUUGAAAAAUCUGAUACUGUUUGGGCAACAAGAUGGGAUAAGUAUUUACAUAUUUAUGACCCAACUAUCCAAUGGUUUUCAUUAAUUAAUUUUACUGUCAUUGUAGUCGUAUUAUCCAUUAUUGUGGUUCAUUUCUUAACUAAGGCUUUAAAAAAUGAUUUUGUUCGUUAUAACGAAUUCAAUUUAAAUGAUUCCUUUGAUGAAGAUUCAGGUUGGAAAUUAGCUCAUGGUGAUGUAUUCCGUAUCCCAACUAAAUCUAUGUUAUUAUCCAUAUUUGUAGGUUCAGGAACUCAAUUAUUUUUCAUGAUCAGUUCUGUUUUGGUUUUGGCAGCAUUAGGAUUUUUGUCUCCAAGUGCUAGAGGUUCAUUACCAACUAUAAUGUUUAUAUUAUAUGCAGUGUUUGGCUUUGUGGGAUCUUACACCUCCAUGGGUGUAUAUAGGUUCUUCAAUGGUCCUUAUUGGAAAGCAAACAUGAUUUUAACACCAUUAAUUGUCCCAGGUGGCAUUUUCAUGUUCAUUAUUUCCAUGAAUUUGUUUUUAGUUUUUGUUCAUUCCUCAGAUGUAGUUCCAAUUGGUACUUUAUCAUUAAUGGUUUUAUUAUGGAUUGUUUUAUCGUUACCUUUAUCCUUUGCUGGUUCUUUGAUAUCCUUUAAAAGAUGUACUUGGUAUGACCACCCAACAAAGACAAAUGAGGUCCUUAGACAAAUUCCUUUCCAACCUUGGUAUUUAAAAACAGUUCCAGCUACUUUAAUUGGUGGUAUUUUCCCAUUCGGUUCCAUUGCUGUAGAGUUAUAUUUCAUUUAUAGUUCUCUAUGGUUCAAUAAGAUUUUUUACAUGUUUGGUUUUUUGCUGGUUUCAUUCUUGUUGUUAACAAUGACUACAUCUUUAGUUACAAUAAUUGUUACUUACCACUCUUUAUGUUUAGAAAAUUGGAGAUGGCAAUGGAGAUCCUUUAUCAUCGGUGGUAUAGGUUGUUCAAUUUAUAUUUUUAUUCAUUCUAUUUUAUUCACUGAGUUUAAAUUAGGUGGCUUUAUUACUAUAGUAUUAUACGUGGGAUACUCUGCAUUGAUUGCCAUUUUAUGUGCAAUGGUGACUGGUGCUAUUGGUUUUAUCAGUAACAUGUUUUUCGUUAAAAAAAUUUAUUCUUCCAUUAAAGUUGAGUAG